AUGGCUGAAGACAUGUUGUGGAUUAUCUUAUUAGCUUGUGUUUUAGAUAUAAAAUCUGUGAUUGCACAUAGUUUUCCAUCUGAUCGGGCUAUUCACACAGACAGUAAAACAUGGAAAGCUGCUUCUUUUAGAUGUGGCAAUAAUGGAUUAGAGUUUGACAAAAAGACGUUGAAGAAUAUUGCCAUGCUGCAAGAUAAGGAAUUUUGGAUUGGAAUGGCUAUUUACCGUAUAAGUACAUCAUGGAUUGAAAUUCUAGGUACGAAACACGGUCCUUCAAUCGUAUCAUGCCAAAAACAAUGUGAAUCAUAUCAGUUCUUUGGUUACAGUGAGUCAACAAAGAAAUGUUUUUGUCAACAUAAUAAAGAUAAUGAACGAAACUCCUACAAUAUAAGUGGUUGCAUAGAAGAAAAUGAUUCGAACUAUUCCUUCGUUUAUAAAGUAUUUACCGGGCAUGUUUCUAACAAUGGCGAUGGGGAAUGUACGACUUUAUUCUGUAAGACAGGAAGCAAUGGAUUGAAGUCAGCUAAUUGUAAUGAUGAUACAAAUACAGCAAGAAUCAGUAGAUGUAAUGAUGGAUACAAAGUUGGAUGGGGUAAACCGUAUUUAACAAGCAAACAAUUGUGCCUGGAAAGAUUUCAGCUUUUACUUCCACCUGAGACUUAUUGCCAAACGAACAAUCAUACAUUCGAAGGGAUCCCUUCAUGGACAAACGUUUUUCGAGCCAAAACAGAGGCUAAGCUGAUAAAAGCCGAAGCAGGUACAAAAGAACUGCUUUUUUGUUUAGUAGGCACGAUAACAGAAAAAGGAGUGCUUCAUAUAACCAGACGAGCUUGUAAUGACAAGUUACAGUUUGUGUGCAGAAUAGACAAAGCAUCUACAAUCUCCAGCCAAAGCGUAAUUACAACAACGUCAAUGGAUAAAGAUUCCAGCGCCAGUUUUGCUAUAGAUUUGUCACAUCUUGUUACUAUUUAUCCAAAUUAUCCACCGUCUACAACUAAAAACCAGAAUCAUCAUAAUAUCUCUAGUCCGAAUAGUACACCGUCUACAACAGAUCCCUCACAUCCGCCUACUGACCCAUCUACAACCAGAACACAUCACCCUCAUGGAAAUUACUAA